CACCAGCAGGAAAAUGCUGUUGUUUUCGUCAAAGGACAAUCUCGUCAUCUUUCCAUUGCGCGGAUCGAACGAUCGACAAGCGUUGCAGUUGUGCCCUGCUGUUCACGCCGAGUGUUCAAGUGUUCCAGUGUUCUUUUUGCCUUGUACAUCUUACCGUGCAAACUCUAUGAAAACCUACAGACCAUCAAUCGAAAGUGAACUGCUUCGAUGGGCAAAUGUGCCAACUGCAUAUCGGUUAUCGUUACAUUCAGUCUUUACUUAAUGUAAUCCAUCCGCUAUGAUGGCAUAUCCGUUGAGUUGACAAAACAAAACAAAAAAAAACAAAAGCAAAAAGACGGAUAGCCAGAAUCGAACUGUGCUGACUGUGCCACCAGCAAGAUGGCCUCGUGAACUGCUGCCUGCGUGUGUCGAGGUCGACAUGAUCUUGUUCAUUUGUCGUAGAUCCCAAUUCAACAAUCAAUUCCUGUCGUCCAUUAGUAGAGUCAAACAAAUGUCAACGCACCAGGUAAUGGAUUAUUCAGCAUGGUCAAAGGAGGAUCUCAUAGGACGAGUUAAAGAAUUGGAGACCAUCGUGCAAACUGGGAAGCCCAGCCAAAAGGCAAUAAAUCAAGAGUGCAAGUGCACACCUCCUACGACGAAAGCAAAAUUGCGAAAGAAAGCAGCACCCCGACCAUUUGAUUUUGAGGCUCACCCGCUCCGCCCAAUUGCCCUCCGUCUUUCGUACCUAGGUUGGUCCUAUCAUGGCCUCGCCUCCCAAGAAACUGAUACCGUCCCUACCGUCGAGUCUCACGUAUUUAAUGCCCUAAUGACUGCUAAACUGAUACCCGAUCGCAAAGCAUGCCAGUUUUCAAGGUGUGGACGAACAGACAAGGGAGUGAGUGCUUUCGAGCAGGUCCUUGGAUUGUGGAUCAGGAGUUCAUUGUGCGCUAGCACGGCCGGAUUAGUGAAGGGGUGGGAAAACACGGAACCAGCAAAGAAGGGUGUGAUGAAAGAGUUGGGUUACUGCGAUGUGGUGGAUGGGGAGAUGGAUUAUGUGGGUAUUUUGAACAGGAUCUUACCGAAAGACAUACGAGUCUUGGGGUGGAGUCCGGUCCCGCCAACCUUUGAUGCCAGAUUUGACUGCCAAUAUCGCCGAUAUAAAUACUUCUUUCCUGCCGGAGCAUUGGAUAUUCGCGAAAUGAGGACGGCAGCAUCACAGUACAUUGGUGUACACGAUUUCCGAAAUUUUUGCAAAGUCGAUCCAGCCAAGAACAUUUCUUCCUACGAACGCCGAGUUCUGGAUGCAGAUAUAAGACCAUUGGGCCUAGAAGAUGACCCCAAUUGGGCAGACGGUCCUAAUGGAGAUGGAUUGGAUGCGGAGACCGGACAGGCACCUGAAGCGGACAAAUGUUAUGUCUUUACCGUCACAGGCCACGCCUUUCUCUGGCAUCAAGUGCGCUGCAUGAUGGGUAUACUCUUUUUGGUCGGAUUACGAAAGGAGCCCUCAAACCUCCCCACAACUCUAAUGGAUCUGUCAGCGCAUCCCCCAAACAGUGGUCGACCAGCUUACGACAUGGCAAGCGAGAUACCCCUUGUCCUUGUCGAGUGCGGUUACCCUACGGACAUGUUACGAUGGCACCAGGAUGAUGCUGAGAGCAUCAAAUUGGCCCAUGGAUUGCGAGAGUUGUGGAGAGAUUAUGCUGUGAAGAGUACACAGAUUGGUCGGUUGAUUCAAGGUGUCGUUGGCAUGGACGAAAGACGAUUGUCAUGGGUAUCUGGUAAAGAAAAGUACGUACCGGUGAUGAAGCUGGGGAGAUGCGAUUCUGUUGAAGAAAGAAUCAGAAAGAGCGAUGACGCAAAGACGAGGAAAAGAGGAGCAGGAACUCCAGACAAGGUCAAUGAUGCUGGAAAGCGGCCCAAGAUGGUCGAAUGAGGGACUUUGCAAUUUGUACAUAGAUGACGCAAGGCAUGGAGCAAUUGUAAAUGACUGUAACAAGACGCUCAACUUUUAUAGAUGGCGUAGAAUUUUCGAAUAUAUUCACAGUAAAUAUAAUAACGAUAAACUUGACCAAAC